AUGCUUGCUAGUCGUCCUUCCUGUCUUUAUCCGACACAUCUCGUCACAUUUUCAGCCCCAAGCUUCUCCCAGCCCCCCUUUCCACCGCCAUUGACGACAGCAGAGACGAACAGAAUAAUAUAGAGAGGCUGCAGCUCAUCUCUCAGCCCAGCUCGCAAGACUCCAUUGUAGCUCUCCAUCUCUGCACACAAUCCGUCAAAUGGCACAUCCACCACCAUCCACCCACCGCCUAUCCAUCCAUCCAUCCAAACCGCCAGAUUCAUGCGCUACACCCCCCUUGAAAUAUCCAAAUGCUCCAAACACCGCCCGGCGCCCGUCAGAAAAAGGAAACAUGCGCCAAUGCAGUGGGGUGCCUCUUCUGCAUGCAUCCUGCAAGGCCGCCCUUUCGGGUCCAACGCGCUCUUUUUUUUUUCUUUCGUUUUUCUUUCUCAAUUCUUCUCUUCUACUCUCUAAUCUUAUUAGCCUCACUUAAAAAGAGGCUACGGUGAGUAUAAUACAACUUCUCUCC